UGGUGACGUUAAAAGUCGUUAUUCGUAGCUUAUGAAGAUUUUAUCACUUUUGAAUAAAAUACUUAUUUAAUAAAACCUCAUGGCUUUACCAUCUAUUUCGGGAACCCCAAGAAGUCAUCUUUCAACUCCAAAAAGUUUAAUCAACAAACGUUUAGCAGCAGAAACACCAGAAUGUUUUACUUCUGUCACUGUAGAAACUCCUGUUGCAUCCAAAAGAAAAAACAGCAAAGACAGUUACGAUGAAUUAAGCAAUUUAACAGUAGCCGUGCGUGUUAGGCCUAUGAAUUCGAAAGAACUGAGUCAUGUUGGAGCUUCAAUGAUUGUUAGAGUUCAAAAAAAUGAACUGCUUAUUCGAUCGGUCCCUGUCGGUGCUAUUAGUGUGGGUACUGAUCAUUUGUUUCAAUAUGAUCACGUCUUUUGGUCGUGUGAUAAAACUGGCUUAAAUUAUGCCUCACAGGAAGACGUAUUCAGUUCUCUUGGCAGACCUUUACUUGCCAAUGCUUUUCAAGGCUACAAUGCAUGUUUAUUUGCUUAUGGCCAAACUGGCAGUGGUAAAAGCUACAGUAUGAUGGGACCCGAGAAUGACGCAGACUCCAGUGAAAAUGCUGGAAUAAUUCCACGAUUUUGCAGACAAUUAUUUUUACAAAUUGCUGAACUGUCUUCUUCACACAUUGCUAAUGUGGAGGUCAGUUAUUUUGAAAUAUAUAACGAAAAAAUCCACGAUUUAUUAGCCCCCGAAAAUGGCAAACCACGUAAAGCGCGUCCUGCCUUAAAAGUUCGAGAACACCCAGUUUGGGGCCCUUAUGUUGUUAACUUGAGUGUUCAUGUAGUACAAACUUAUGAAGAAUUGCGUUCAUGGCUUUUGCGUGGUAACAAAAACAGGGCUACUGCGGCCACUGUAAUGAACGAGAAGUCUUCGAGAUCUCACAGUAUUUUUUCAAUUGAAUUAAGCCUUAGUGAAAAAAAUAAAGAGGAUAAAUCUAGUAGGCGUAGUAAAGUCAGUUUGGUGGAUUUAGCUGGAAGUGAAAGAUUAGGAAGUAGUUACAAUUGUGAAGAGAAAAUGAAACAAGGAGUUAGUAUAAAUAAAUCUCUUCUUACACUUGGAAAAGUUAUAUCAGCUCUUGCAGAACAACGAAAAGGUGUUCAGUUUGUACCUUAUAGGGAAUCAGUUCUUACCUGGUUACUAAGAGAAAGCCUUGGAGGAAAUUCGCAUACAACGAUGUUGGCUACAAUAUCACCAUCUAAUGCCCAUUCCGACGAAACCUUGUCUACUCUACGCUAUGCUUGUCAAGCUCGAUCAAUUGUUAAUCGAGCCAGAGUGAAUGAAGAUCCCAACGACCGACUCAUUCGUGAAUUACGAGCAGAAGUCGAACGUCUUCGAGCCUUAAGGUUGGAUUAUGAGAGAAGCAGCUCAUCCACUUCUAGUAUAAUACAAAUCGACGACGAUUCUAUUUCUUCAGAAUCCGGUCAAGAACUUAAAAAAUUAAAACGACAACUGAUGUAUACAGAAGAAAAGUUAUUGAAGGCCCAGCAUGAAUGGGAACAGAGAUUUAUGGAGACGAAGGAGCAGCAAAUGAAAGAAUUACUAGAAGUCGAAAAGGAAAAAGAAGAAUUAGAGUCUCAUGUUAGGGUUUUGUCUAAUGUUAACACAAAUGUAGACUUAUCUCCCUAUCAAACCAAUUUUCUUGACGAACUUGAAGACAUUUUAACAUUAGACAAAGUUGAAGACCAAAGGAUUAAAACUUUAAAAGGAUUGUGUAACUCAAAACAAGAAUAUGAUUACGAAAUUUCAUCAAGUCCUUUAGAAAAAACACUUUAUAUUGUAGAUCGAAGAAAUAAUAUGAAAACUUCUUGUCCUGUAAAUGAAAUAGAAAAUGUUACAGAUGAAGACCAAUUUAACAAAAUAAUUGAAGGUCUUAAUUGGAUUAAUAUUGAAUGUGAGAAAAAAAUUAGUAAAAGACUUUCAAGAAGUGACGUUUAUGGACCUCUGAAACAAAUUUACGACGCUCUUAAUGCUCUCAAGUUUGUCACUGAGGACGACGAAAGUACGCGUUUAGCUUUUGCUAAAUUUAGCAAAUCGUUUCAAGUAUUUGAAACUGCUCUUCAGAAUAAAUUGAGCAAGACAAAUGGUGGACAGAAAGCCGUUUGCUUCAGACUUUAAGCAUUUUAAAUUUUAUACUUCAUUAAUUUAAUGUUUUAAAUCUUUUCAAGUUUGUAAAUUUUAUAAAAAAAGUACGUGAGCCACAGAAAUAACUUAUUCGUGUUACCAUUUCUUUUUUAUAUUCGAAUGUACAUAUAAAAUGAAUUUUAGUUAAAUGCAUUAUACAUAAAAUAAGCAA